AUGUUUGCACCCGAAAUGCAAGCUAUUACAUAUGGCCGAGGUGCAGCUGCCAAGCUGUACGCCACCAUCGACCGAAUUCCCGAUAUCAACUCUACCAAUCCGAACGACGUCAAACCUUCUUCUCUCGAACAUAUCAGUUUUGCUUCUUCUUCUCAUCCAGACGUCACCGUUCUAAGAGCCCUCUCAUUUACUCUCCGUGCCGGAACGACCGCUCCUCUCAGUGAAGCGUACAAGGAGCUUCAAUCUUUGAUUGGUCUGGCGUCGACCAAGGCAACUAUUGACAGUCUUGUGACGCUAGUCCAGGUCAAUAAUGAACGACAGCUCAAAGGGAAGAAAUCCGUGGAAGUCCUUUUGAACCGCGUUUUUUUGGGGCCUCCCGGGACUGGCAAGACGACUGUAGCCAAACUUUACGCCAAGUUAUUGAAUGAGAUGGGCCUCCUUAGUACGGGUGAAGUUGUCACCAAGAAUGCCAACGACUUUAUCGGGCAGUUCAUCGGACAGUCAGAGGCGAAUACGAAGGCCAUUUUGGCUAGUGCGAAAGGGAAAGUUUUGAUUAUAGAUGAGGCUCAUAUCCUGAAUCCUACCAGCUAUAACAAUGCAGAUGUCUUCAAGGAAGACGUGAUCGAUUCGCUGGUUUCUGGCAUUCAAAACAUGCCUGGCGAUGAUCAAUGUGUCUUAUUACUGGGUUACGAGGAGGAGAUGUUUGAGAUGUUUGAGAACGCGAAUCCAGGCCUCAACCGCCGUUUCCGAAUAUCAGAUUCCUUCUAUUUCCCUGACUUCACGACAGACGGAACCUCUGGAUCAGCACGGUCAUCUCAUUGGUAUCGGUAG